CCCGCCCCGCCCCCGGCCUUCUCUCUGCGUCUCCCUCUCACCGUGACCCGUGGCACGCCUACUCCCGAUGUCGACCGAUGCUGCGCCCCCGCCCCCGGCCUCUUUCGCCGAGCUCGGCGUGAAGCCCUGGCUCCAGGCCGCCCUUGCCGGGGUGGGCAUUAGUGCCCCCACUCCCGUGCAGGCUGCCUCCAUCCCGGCCAUUCUGAAGGGCCGCGAUUGCGUUGCCAGCGCGCCCACCGGUUCCGGUAAGACGGCCGCCUUCGCGCUGCCCAUCCUGCAGACCCUUUCCGAGGACCCGUACGGCGUGUAUGCUCUGGUUCUGACCCCCACCCGUGAGCUGGCUCACCAAAUCACCGAGCAGUUCGCUGUCUUCGGCAAGACCAUCGGUCUUCGCUGCGAGACGGUGGUCGGCGGUGUCGAUAUGCUUUAUCAGACCAAGGCCAUUGCUCAGCGCCCGCACGUCAUUGUGGCCACUCCGGGGCGGCUGGCGGACGUGCUGCGCAGCGCGCCGGAUGCCUUCGGCCCGACCGGCCUGCGCAAGGUCCGAUACCUGGUGCUGGAUGAGGUGGACGCGCUGUUGGCGCCGGACGGCCCGGGGUCCCUGAAUGGCGGCUUCACCGGCAGUGACACGGCCACCAUCAUUGGCGCCCUCGGCCCGCGUGUCAAUGCCCUGGGCCAGGCCCGCCGGCAGACGCUCCUCUUCUCGGCCACCAUGACCGGGGCCGCCAUUGAGGCGGUCCUCUCGGCGGCCAGUGACACGGCCGAGGCCGGGUCCCGCAUGUCGGACCUGGCCCAGUCCAUGAUCAAGGCCUUCGGCGGGCCCCUUGUGGCGGACCCCUUCCUGCAUCAGAGCACCAUCGAGCACAUUGUCCCACCCGGCCUGGACCAGCGUUAUGUCUUCAUCCCGUCCACCGUGAAGGACGCCUACCUGUACCACAUUGUGGCCUGCGUGCUGAAGGGGAAAUCGGUGCUCAUUUUCGUCGGUCGCCGCCGUACGGCCGAGAAGCUUCGACUGAUGCUGGGCCAGCUGUUCGCCGAGCCGCCGGCCCACUUGGUCCCCUCGUCGGCCCGGCUGAAGGGCCCGGCCGCGGCCGCCAGCCGGAAGCGCAAUCUCCGGGAGGCCACCUCCAAGGGGGCCCUCAAGAAGAGCGCUUCGCUGAACUACGCUGUUGGUGAUGAGGAUGCCGACACGCAGGCCACCGGGUCCGAUGACUUCACCGAGUCCCCGCCGGCUUGCCUGCACUCGGCCAUGUCGCAGCGCGAGCGUCUGGUGGCGCUCAACCGCUUCCGGUCGAAGCAGGCCCGCGUGCUGAUUUGCACCGAUGUGGCCAGUCGUGGUCUCGACAUCCCCCACGUCCAUGCGGUCAUCAACUACGACGUGCCGGCCGCCCCGACGGACUACAUCCACCGGAUCGGUCGUGCCGGUCGUGCCGGCCGGGCCGGUCGCUCGGUCACCCUCAUCACCGAGACCGACAUUGAGUUGGUUCAUGCGAUUGAGGCGCGCGUCGGACAGAAGAUGGACGAGCUGGAGGUCUCCGAGCCCGAGGUCCUGCGUGGCCUGAACACCAUCAUGGCGGCCCAGAAGCAGGCCGUGUCGACCAUGAUGUCCGGGCAGUUUGAUGAGCUGGAGACCAAGCGCAAGGCCAAGCGGCCGGGCGUGGCUGCGGCCGCAGCUGCCGACGCGGCCCGCCCCCCGGCCCAGAAGAAGAGCCGCAAGUAGCCGCGGCCACCCGCACUCCAUUGGCACCUGGCGCCCCCAAUACACACAAUAGACUGCCGACGCACA